AUGAAUAAGACAAAAAAUAAUCAUAGAAGAGCAUAAUCAAAUAAUGAUUUUCAAUAAGUAAUGAGUUCUAAAAUAGUUGGACUGAUUGAAUCGAAUUCUCAUAAAAAUUUACAUAAAAACCAAAGCUUUGGUAAUACGUUGUUUUUAAUACCUGAAUAAACAGAUAUGGGUUCUUCAACAGAAUAAUCUCAUCAUUCUGAAAAGAAAAGCUGUAUGAAUGAUUAUGUAUUAAAUACAAAAAAGAAUCAUUCACAAGAGCAAAAAGAAAAUCUAAUAAACUCUAAUUCCUGCACAAAUAUUAUCUCAUCAAUUUAAUAUAUGAUAAAAAGCAGUCAUCCUAUAAAAGAAAUUGCUUAAAAAACUUUAAAUAAUGAAAGUUAAGGUAAAAAAAAGCAUCUAAGUUUUACGAAUGAAUUGUAAAAGAAAAAUAGCUAAAUUCUCCAUUAAUCAAAUAAAAUAGAUAUCUCAUAAAGUUUAACACCAGAUAGAAAAAAAACAGAAAAUAAUAGUAAAUAAAAUAGUUACAAGUAAAAAUCAGAUUAAUAACAUUUUGAUGGAUUAGAGAAAUAAAAAAUAGAAUUAUCAAAUUUUUUAUUGAAUAAUUUAUUAAAAGGAGAUUAAAAAAAGAAAUCAAAUUUAGAAUAAUAAUAAGAUUCAUUUAGAAGAAUGGAAUUUUAGAUGAAUAAAAUUUAGAACGACAUUUCUAAAAUAAAAAAAAGAUAAGAUGAAUUAGAUUUAUUUAAUAGAAACAUAUAGACUCAAUUAUUUGAUUUUAUUUCGGAAAGUAGAAAAUAUUAGGAUGUAAGUAUAUAUAAUAUAAGGUAUAGUAUGGAUAUUAAUCUCUCUAAAAACUCGAAUAAUUAGAAUAAAUAACAAGGAGGAAUGAAGAAUCAAUAAAGAUACUAAAAUAAAAACUAUUCAAUAAUGAAUUUUAAUAGACAACAACAAAAAAUCAUGAAAAUAAUAUCAAUUUUGGGUAUCUAAUUAAAUAAAUUUAGUAAUAUAUCUUCUUACAAAUAAGAACUUGAUAUACAAAAAAAAAUAUCGGAUUUUAAGUAUAUCAAUAAACAAUAUAAUUGA